AUGGCCACUGCCCCCCCUCCUCACCAACCAACCCUCCUCACAAACACCACCUCCCUCCUCCAAACCUUCACCGAUUUCCUCACAGUCGCAAUCCACACGAUCCUCUACUCUCGUACCCUCUAUCCUCCAUCAGCCUUCAUCAGCACCCGCAAAUACAACUUCCCCGUCCGCCAGAACCGACACCCCGUGGUCUGCGCCUGGAUCAACAAUGCCGUGUCCUCCGUCUCUACCCUCCUGACCAAGGGCUCUGUACGUGCCAUUGCGGUGGUGGUGUUUAAUAAGGACCUAGAAGUCAUGGAAAGGUAUAUGUUCGACAUGUCGAAAUUCCCAGUUGUGGAUCCCAAGGAGGGGUUAACGGAUUUUGAGGCGAGGAGGGACAGAGAGGGACAGGAGUUGCCAGUGGGUGUUAGUACAGUAGAUAUCGAGGAACAAUUGAGGGCUACGAUUAGGAGGCUGGCUUAUGGGGCUGAGAAGUUGGGUCCGUUGCCCGAAGGGUGUACGUAUUCCCUUGCUGUGGAGUUGAGGGAUGAGGUCGAUCCGCCGAUUGGGCAUCCGCAACCUUGGGUACCGUCGGAACCAAGUCUGCAGACUGGAGAGAAGACCAGUGAGAGGAUUGGAGCCGACUUGGGAGGGAUUAAAAGUACACCACUUAGACUUGUGGAAGCUGGAGAGUUCAUUUUGGAGAUGUGGAUUGAAGAAGGCAGAGCAAAGUUGCAUGAUAAUGGGGAAUGAGACCUGGAGAGCAUUGUGCAGCUUCUGAUACAUAUCGUUGUCCUCCUCCCGAUGCAAAGGGGACCUUCAUAGCUUCUUGUACACCUUCCAUCAGGUCGAGCACGACGACCUUGACUAUCGCCCAACAUUCUAGGGCAGUGAAAUAAAGAGGCAUAGGAUACAGCAACUUCUGUCGGAGUACAAAGUCGAGGGUAGUGCGAGAUGAAAGCUAUCCGUUAAACGCCAAGAGAUCGGGAGCUCAAGCAGUGGCAGGUAAUUUAGGAGCCUUGAGCAUGCAUUACAAGUGCUACAGAGGGUCUGGAAUAUCAAUACAACAGCUCCACGUGUCUAGAUAGUGUUCGACCUUGGAUUCUCCAGAAUGUUCAGGAAUAAAUAAGACUUUCGAGAACCAUUAUUGAUCGGAGAUUUCCCGUUUGCUUCUGGGAUCGUUGGUUCCUUUAGUGCCGUC